UAAACCUUUCAAGUCCAGUCUUGACUUGGUUGCGGUUCUAGAAAGAUUCUCAUAUAAGAAUCUUUACCAGUUUAUUUCAAGACUAUUUGUGUUAUAUUUUUGUAAUUAUAUAAAUAAAAUUAAGAAGAAAAGUCUGGAUAUAAUAUAACAUUAUUUUGUCUCAUAUAUUGUACAUUUAUUGUAGAAAAUUAUAAAAAUGAAAAUAGUUAUUUCCUUUACAAUUUUUGUAAUUACUAAGCUAACGUUAGUCAGGACUUAUAACGUUCCUGCAUUCGCUAAGCCAAAUCUUUCGAAUUCUUAUCUGCCAGCAACAAUGCAAGUAAUACUAUAUGCCGUUGAACAAUUAAAACAGCUGCAUUCUGAUGGAAGUGUAUACAAUACUAAUAUCUUAAUAUCUUCGAGUCCUCAUCCUCCUGGAUUGACAACAUGGCAAAUUGUCAGUAAAUUUGGAAAUGAUAUGGAAAUGACAACUUCUUCAUAUGACGAGCUCUCGAAUACACAAAUGAAAAAUAAUAUGUUUCGAAUACCUCUUGAUUACAGACAAAAAAGUAGAUCAAUUCAUGAACGAACGAAUUUAAAAAGUAUAAAUAAAGAAAAUCACGAUACAAUUAAAACUUUUCAGAAAAACAUAAAUAAAUUGACUGACAAAUUUGAAAAUCUCAAUAAUCAAAAAAAUGAUGAAAUAAGAAUUGACCUGCUAGGAAAAAGAAGUGCAUCUUUACAGCAAUUGGCAACUCUUUACGAUGCUUUAAACAAAGAUGCUAGGGGACAAGGAUUUUCCAUAUAUUCAGGAUUCUCAGAUGAAGUAAUAAAUACUUUAUCAAAUUCUACUAAAGCUGGUAUUGGAUUGCAGCUACAAAAAAUUUUAGAAAAAUCUCUUGAACGAGGUGAAUUUACCAGAGACAAUACAAAAAUCCUAGCGAAAAAAGCUGUAAAUGAUCUUAGGGAUUCCAAAAGUUAUCUCAGUACUGAUCUUAGAAGACUAUUACCUUUGAAAUAUGUACAAUAAGCCUAUAUUAUAUUAUAAGAAGAAAUAAAUUAAAAUGAAAUAUUUCUUUCCAUAUAGGUAAUAAAUUAAUAAUAAAUGAAAA